CACGGUGCACACACGUACACGACGUACACGUAGAGAGCGCCCGUACGUGCACCCCCAAGCAACGACACGUUCCGCGUGUGCCGCACGCGGUCUGCCCCCGACGUCACGCCGCCGGUCGUUGUGCGCGCCCCCCCCGGUCCGGUGAUGUAGGUUAGGUUCCGGAAUAGGUUGUUUGUUGGUUGUUUUCUGGCCGCGGAACUGGACGGUGGAUAAAGGGAUAUUCGGCGCGUUCAGUUUUUUGGUGCCGGAUUGUUCCGGGUGCGGUGACUUGAGUGAGUGUUGAGUCGGGGUUUUUUUUUUUUUUUUUUUUGGUUUGGCGGUGCCCGGUUUUUGCGUGAGGUUUGAAGACUGAAACAUGUACCCGUGGUACCGCGAUUCGGUGGGCGGCCAGCUGGGCCAACUGUGCGGCCCUAUGGCCACCACCAUCAAGACUGAGAACGGCUACAACGACUGCAUGUUGGCGCUCGACUACGCCACCCAAAGCAAGAAGGCCUUCGGCUGGGACAGCGGCCAGACGGGUGGAAGUCCGUCGGGUCCCCAGACUGGGGGUGUGGGCGGCCAAGGCGCCCAGGGGCUGGUCCACUGGAUGAGCGUUAUGGCCGAGCACAUGGAUCCCACCGUGUCGCACUAUAUGGGCUGGAACCAAGAGCAAUGCGGUCAGCAUGGAAAAGACGACUACCCCAACUGGACCAGGAACACGAUGGGCAUCAACAAGCAAGGCUACGAGUCGAAGAUGAACGAGCACAACCAAAUGCAAAAAGUUUACGCUGGCAUGGAGGACCACAUGGCGGGCACGCCGGGCAUCUACACGUCGGGCCGGUCGACGUCGAGCAGCUCGUCGCCGGGGGUGGCGGGCUCCAGCCCCGCGCUCCUCGUCGUGCCGCAGCCCAUCAACGCGACCAAAAUGGGCGGCAUGCAGAACGGCGGCCCCCAACCCAGGAAGUACCAGUGCAAAAUGUGUCCGCAGAUUCAAAAAACAAAUUAUGAAACUCAAAGGGUGUUCGGUUCGAAGGCGGAGCUGCAGCUUCACACGCAGGCGCACAUGCGGGAAGCGAAACCGUACAAGUGUUCCCAAUGUUGCAAGGCGUUCGCCAACUCGUCGUACCUAAGCCAACACACCCGCAUCCACUUGGGCAUCAAACCCUACAGAUGCGAGAUCUGCCAGAGGAAGUUCACGCAGCUGAGCCAUCUGCAGCAGCACAUCCGCACGCACACCGGCGACAAACCCUACAAAUGCAGACAUCCUGGAUGUCAGAAGGCGUUCUCGCAGCUGAGCAACCUGCAGUCACAUUCCCGCUGCCACCAAACGGACAAGCCAUACAAGUGCAACAGUUGUUACAAAUGUUUUGCGGACGAGCCCUCCCUCCUGGAGCACAUACCCAAGCACAAGGAGUCGAAACACCUGAAGACGCACAUCUGCCAAUACUGCGGCAAGAGUUAUACGCAGGAAACGUAUCUCAGCAAGCACAUGCAGAAACAUGCCGAAAGGACGGACAAGCGGCCGCCCAUCGGACCCGGUCUAGGUUUUAUUCCUGGCUUGAACCACCGGGGCCUGGACCACCCCUACUGGCCGAAGGUGAGCCCCGACUCGGCGGAGAACAUGCACGACUACCCCAACGACAUCCCGCGCAACAUCCUCGAGAACAACGACGACCUGGUGAUAAUCAGACAGCAGCUCAGCCAGAACAACCCGCCCGGCAACGGCGGCACGCCGAACAACAACCUGGCCGGCAACUCGCCCUACGACACGUCGAUCUCCAAGAGCAACACGAACUCGGCGUUCACGCCGAUCAACUCGAUGAGCGGCCACCUGAACCUCAACCACCAUCACCAGCUGGCGCCGAACAGGCCGUACAUCUACGACGCGAUCAGCUUCCAGAAGAGCCAGAACUCGCUGGACAUACCGAAGAGCCAGCCGUCGAACGGCUUUCCCAAUCAGCUGAUCAGCCUGCACCAGAUCAGGAAUUACGCGCACCAGCCCAACACGAGCCUGAUGGAGCACUCGAUAUUGGGACUGAAGGACAAGUAAUUGUAAAUUUAAUUUAAUUAGCGGGGGGGACGGCGUGCCCCUUUAAUUAUUAAUUAAUUUGGGACUUGUCCGUCCUGCAUGAUCUCGGUUCUCGGCAGGAGGCGCCGCCGUCUCCCCCACGUAUCCCCCCCACCCACGGUUGCAAUAUGACAUUUGAACACUUACAACAAAAAAACACACAAGCCCUAAGAUGAAUGAAUAUAUGUGAAUAUAAAAAGACAUUGUAUAAAUUUGGAUUAUAAACUAAUUUAUAUAUAUAAGAAUUGUACAGAAUAUAGUUUAAUUUUUGGCCGCCGAUUCGGUUUUCUGGAGGCCGGGCCCGGACUAUUAUUUUUUUUUAUAUAUUGUGGAUUUGUUGAUUUUAUGAUUAUUUUUUUUAUUUAUUCGGACCCGGCCCGGCCUCCGGAACGGAGGCGGCUCCGGACAUAGCUCAAUCUAUUUUUUCCGUUUUAUAAUUUAUUUUUUACUUGCGGAGUACUUAAUUAUAUAUAUUUUUUUGGGGAGCCCGAAAUACCUAAACUAAAAUUUAAAACGCAAAACUAGUAUUACAAUUUAAGAAUUGAAUUUAAAAAAAAAAAUGGACGGACACGUCGUAAAAGUUUAUUAAAAAAUAGUAUUAGAGGAAUUUAUUAUUAUUUUUGUUUUUUGCUCAAAAAAUAAAUAAUACUUUUAAGUAUACGUUUAUGAAUUGUAUACGGGAAAAGGCGGAAAUUGUGACGGGGAAAAGGAGCGUUGGAUUUUCGUCGUCACGACGUACGCGUGAUUUUCAUUUGUACAUAAUUUUUCUUUUACGUUACAUUAACGUAACGUAUCAAGCUUUAAUUUCUAACCGGUUAAAUCAUGUUUGUAUUUGAAGAAUACGUUAAGUUUUGUACAAUAUUACUUUGAUUAUUAAGCGAUUGAAGGAUAGCUUUUGUGAUUUGAAAAAAAAAAGUUGUAUUUAUGGAAGAAAUUAUUGGUUUUUGUUACAAAUUAUUAUUAAUAAAAAUUACUAUCAUUUAUAUCGA